UCAGUUCCAUCCAGCCCUGAUCUCUGGCUGUUCCUUACGCGUUGGAACAAGUGUCUUUUGUGCGGGAUUCACGGAUUCACGGCUUCACUGUGCGGGGAUGAAGCACGUACGGAAUCACGCGCGCGCGUCCAUGGAAUAACACAAUCGCUGUAACCUUCGGCAGAUUUUAUUGGAUUUGAGGCGAUGAUGGAUUCAUUUUGCGCGCACUUUCUACUGUCGGAGUGAAGACGCGCGUCUGUGUGUGUGUGUGUGUGUGUAGGUGUGUGUGUGUGUGUGUGUGUGUGAAAAGUGGAUCAUGAGCUGCACUCCGGCGUCUGUGUGUUUCUGCACGUUUUCUAACAGAUCUGAGCGCUCUGCGGUCAUGAGAAGAGCAGACGGUGUGGAUUAGACUAUUUUCAUUUCCCAACUUUUUUUUUUUGGACGUCACUUUCCUUUCUCUCUCCAUGUGGGAUCUAACACAGCUUCUCCUCGGUGGCCUGGAAUGAAAUGAUGGCGACACGUCAGGGUGAUGAUGGGGAACAUGCAGCCACACCGCCAGCACGUGAGUGUAAGAAGGAUGGUCCGAGUGAGCUGUCCCCUGUGUCCCCUGUGUCCCCCGUGUCCCCUGUGUCCCUCGUGUCCUCAGCACCUGUGGAGCAGCUCUUCUCCUGGCCAGGACCUAAAACUCUGCACCUACACCGAACCUCACAGGGCUUCGGCUUCACGCUGCGUCACUUCAUCGUCUACCCUCCUGAGUCUGCUGUACACUCCUCAUUUACGGAAGAAGACAAUGGAAGUCGAGGGAGGCCGCGGUGUCGUCUCGAGCCGAUGGACACCAUCUUUGUGAAACAGGUGAAGGAGGGAGGCUCCGCCCACCAAGCUGGGCUUUGCACAGGUGAUCGUAUAGUGAAAGUGAACGGUGAGAGCAUCAUCGGGAAAACAUACUCACAAGUCAUAGCACUCAUACAGGACAGUGACACGUCUCUGGAGCUCUGUGUGAUGCCUAAAGAUGAAGAUAUAUUGCAAUUGUUCUCCCGGGACAUCACAGCUCUGGCCUAUUCCAAAGAUGCAUAUCUUAAAGGGAAUGAAGCAUAUAGUGGAAAUGCACAAAACAUCCCAGAACCUCCUCCUAUCUGCUACCCUCGGAUAGAGACUAAGACUUCAGGGAUGACACAUACCGAUGAGCCUUCUGCUCCCGCGGGAGCCCAUGGAGUGUUGUCCCAAGGGGCGGAGCCAUGCUCUGAUAUGGUCUAUUCUGUGGAAGUCCCUACUACACAGUUGUCUCCAUCUUCUCCUCGUUCUCAUGUUUCCAAACUCCAGACUGUUGCAUGCAUAUAUGAUGAAACUGUGCACGUUGCAGGGGCAGAGGUUUCUGAUUCUCCGGACUGUUCUCCUCACCUGCAUGGCACGAGCAAUAAUCUCAGGUUUCAGGAGACAAAAAACACACCUCUUUGUACCUCAUCUCUGGAAAACAUUUCCUCAGUUCGUCCACGAUCCCAAACCACGCCUUGUUCUUCUUCUGGCAGAGGGACACAGUUUCACUACACACCAAAAAGACCAUCAGAAUCACCGGGAUUCUCCACACACAUUCCUCCGUUUCACCCAGGCUCCACACCCACGCCGUCUGGUAGACAUGCCAUGAGCCGUUUCACAAACUCUCCUACAGCAAUUGCAUCAUCUCCCUGCUCCCCAAUGCACCAGAACAUUGACUGGAGAAAUUACACCACCUACAAGGAGUACAUUGACAACAAGCGCCUUUAUACCUAUAGUAGCAGGACCAUACAAGAAAGACUGGACAGCCUGCGGGCUGCAAGCCAAACUAAUAAAGCAAACAUGAGUACAGAGGGUGUGAAUGGAUCCCAGCCAAGGCAGAGGAGCAUGUGCCAUGAGCGAGGUCCUGCGAAUGCUGGAGUCCAGUCUCUAUGCAGCAAGUCUCAGGAAAGACUGGAAGUAAAGGAACGAGUAACCUCAAGAAACUGGCAUCGGAGUGCAUCACAGGAUGCAAUUCCUUCAUCCUCAAAGAGCACAUACAAACCUCGGGCAAGAUCUUGCGACUACCUGGGCAGACAAGCUGAGGGCAGGGUGUCAUUGAUAGACAGGAGGGUUUAUGGAAGGACAGAGACGGAGGAAAAGGCACUUAACUGCACUGGAGAGGAGACAGAAGACUGCAGGCAGUCAGUCUCGUUAGGCAAAGCAGCACAGACUCAAAGGAACAUGGUGGCUGGAUAUGGCAGUUUCCCAGGACUAAAUGCUAAAAGUAAAGGUACAGAUCCAAUUCUAAGCUCCAGAGCGGAGAGUCUGGAUAAUGCUGCUGCUUCUAAGUCAGGGCUGUCAAUUCAGACCUCCAGACUGGACGACUCUUAUGUAGCCAAGGCUCUCGCUUCCUUAAACACGGGUGUUACCACAGCCUUGGUGACCACAAAAAAACAAAAAACUGACCUUAUGCCAAAGUACAUGUCUCCCAUACGACAGCAUGAAGGCCAUUUGGAGCCCACGGGUUCCAUUCCUUGCCCUGACCACUCCAAAUCUCAAAGGACUCAGCAGGAAGGGGCUUCGGUAGCCACUAAUGGUUCGGUUGUGGAAGGUCUCGAAGGCGCUGAGGCCACAGUGGUGGUGGUGAGGAGGGAUAAAACAAAAAAGUCAGGUCCUUUACUGUCAGGUCCUCUCAGACACCCGUCCUACAUUCAGGCUGUGAAUGAUGAAGCAGGAAGAGUGGAGAAUAUCACAAAGAAGUGCUGGGGGUCCAGAAAUGCUGUGCAAGAUGGAUUCACACACUGGUUCGGAGAGGAAUACAAACCCUCAGGAUCCGGCCAACUGCACGAGUCCCUCGACUCUAUACCCUUCAUUGACGAGCCGUCCAGCCCCAGCACUGACCUCGAAGACACGCAGUUCCCUGUUUGCACCAUCGUCUCGGCUGUUCCUCCGAGUCCCACCUCCUCCUCUGCCAUUCUUCACCGCCAGCUCUCUCACGGUCAAGACUCCAUGCGGUUCACAGUUCAAGAUUCUGAUUCUGGCACUAAAACAGAGCGUUCCAAGUCCUGCGAUGAGGGACUGGACACCUACAGGGACAAAGGACAAGGGACACUGAUAAAGAACAUCGGUCUGAGGGGACUUAGGAAGACUGUGGAUCGGUCCUCAGAAGAUUCUGGCUCUAGGAGAAACUCUUUAUCUGAUGUCUUUGUUAACACUACUAAGGAGGGAGUCCUGCACUUCCGCCAGUUCAGUUCAGACAAGGGCAAGCGUGUAGGCGGAGGCAUGCGGCCAUGGAAGCAGUUGUAUGCUGUUCUCCGUGGCCACUCCCUCUAUCUAUAUAAGGACAAGAAGGAGGGGCAAACAGCAAACUCACACACGGAUGAGGAGCCUUUAUCCAUCAGCAUUAAGGCCUGUCUGAUCGACAUCUCCUACAGCGACACCAAGAGGAAGAACGUGCUGAGGCUGACCACGUCGGACUGUGAGUACCUGUUCCAGGCAGAGGACAGAGAGGACAUGCUCGCAUGGAUACGCGCCAUUCAGGAGAACAGCAACCUGGAUGAAGAGAACGCCCUGAUUACCAGCACAGACCUCAUCAACCGCAAAAUUAAGGAGUACAACACACUGAUGAGUCCAACCAGCAGUAAGACCGAGCCAUCCCCGAGGUCGUCUCGUCAGUCUCUGAGUAUCAGACACACUCUACUGGGAGGAAACAAAACCCCGAGUCCUCACUCCACCCACAAGGAGCAGGAGAGGAGGCUCAUACACAGAGAUGAAGCGAGUCCACCGAAGGAGAAAGGACUGCGGAGGAAAGGGAUCCCAGGGCUGAUGAGGAAGACGUUUGAGAAGAAGGUUGUUCCUGGAGUCACUUUUGGUGUGAGACUGGACGACUGUCCUCCUGCUCACACAAACAGAUUUGUACCCCUGAUUGUAGAGGUGUGCUGUAAGCUGGUGGAGGAGAGGGGGUUGGAGUACACAGGGAUUUACAGAGUCCCGGGGAACAACGCUGCCAUCUCCAGCAUGCAGGAGGAACUGAACAGAGGAGUGGGACAGAUCGACGUUCAGGAGGAUAAAUGGAAGGACCUCAAUGUGAUCAGCAGUUUAUUAAAAUCUUUUUUCCGGAAGCUUCCUGAUCCUCUCUUUACCAACGAGAAAUACGCUGACUUUAUCGAUGCAAACAGAACCGAGGACCCGGUGGAGAGGCUGAAAGUACUGAAGCGGCUGCUUCAUGAGUUGCCUGAUCAUCACUAUGAGACCCUGAAGUUCCUCUCAGCUCACUUGAAAACUGUGGCUGAAAACUCUGAGAAGAACAAAAUGGAGCCGCGGAACCUGGCCAUCGUGUUCGGUCCCACGCUGGUACGAACAUCUGAGGACAACAUGACACACAUGGUCACACACAUGCCUGAUCAGUACAAGAUUGUGGAGACACUCAUUCAACAUUACGACUGGUUCUUUACUGAUGAGGGAGAAGAAGAACCAGAGACGAUGGUGCAGACAGAGAGCGCCGUAGAGACGCAGCCCGUUCCCAACAUUGACCACUUGCUCACCAACAUCGGCCGCACCGGCGUCUCUCCUGGAGAAGUUUCAGAUUCACCCACUAGUGAUUCUGCCAAAUCAAAGGGUUCGUGGGGGUCUGGGAAGGACCAGUACAGUCGCGAACUGGUCUCCUCCAUCUUUGCUGCAGCUAACCGUAAACGUAAGAAGGCCAAAGAGAAGCUGCAUGUUAGCAGCUCUGACGAUGACCUGGAUGCUGUUUUUUUUGAGAGUGAGCUGCAGAACCAUAAACAAAAAGAGAACAAUUUAACAGGAGUCAAUGGGAAAGAACCUGAGAAAAUACCAAAGUGGCACAAAGAGCAUAGGAACUCAUUCUUCUUGAAGAAACCAUAUCCCAUUAAGUUCUCUGAAUCUGAAAAAUAUUCUACAUUGCCCAAUCUCCGCCUCCGAACUCCAGCUCCUUCAAAAAGCUCUAUAUCUGAAUCACCUUCUCAGGUGGAGGACCUUGGCGCGUUGAACCCAGGAACAUCUGGGUCCAGAAAUCGCUUGAGAAUUUUUGACACAUCAGCUUCCUUUGCCACAGAUAUAACUCCAUCCAGUGCUGUUGGCGGAUCGGCCACGGCAGAAGUGAGCUCUAUUACUUCAGAUUACUCCACCACCUCCUCUUUGACGUUUUUGACUGGGGUGGAGUCAAGCAUGCUCAGUGCAGAUUUGCAGAGCCGGGGCGGAGACGAGGCCGAUGACGAGCGCAGUGAGCAGAUCAGCGAGGGACGACAAAUGGAGACGGACAGCGAGACAGAGUUUCCUGUUUUUAUCAGAGGUGCUACGACUCCUGUUACUCUGUCUAAGAUCAUUCCUAGAAGGUCAGAAUGUACUACCGUUCAAAAGUCUUUACACCGCUACAUCCUGCCUUCACAAAGGCUAACCACAUUCAAGAGGCGGUCCUUGCACCAGAAGACAGACAGUGAAUCAUCAUUAGAAGCUGGAGCCAGCCGAGAUGGAGAGAGGAUGAGCCGAAGUGAGCCGAGCCGACUGUCUCGUGUUCUGGAAGCAGUGAAAAAAGGUCGUUCUGUGGGAAGCCUCAACUCUGCCUCUUCCUCCUCGCACAACCAGACAGAACCAACAAAGCGCCCCAGUAUCACUGAGAGGCUGAAGUCCCACUUCCGCUUGUCUGCAGAUGAUAUGUUUGGAAUUGGAGGGCACAAAAAUAGCAGGAAGAAAGAAAAAAGAGUCCGUCGGAGACACACUGUGGGUGGACAGCGGGACUUUGGCGAACUUGCGGUAAUUAACGACUGGCGUGAACAGGGUGGUGCCGAGAAGGGGGCGGAGCUUUCAGACACAGAUCAGCUCAAACUUCAAAUCACUAGAGAGGUUUCCAUUCGGGACUGGAUUAACCGCGACCACUGGCAUUCUAGUACCUUGCGGGAUGGUUCACAAGGGUCAAAGGUCAUGACUGGAACUGGCGAGGGUUCGAGUUGUCCUGCUUCUUCCCGGACUUUCCAGUCUAAUAUGGAUCAGUUGAAUGGGGGUCAACCAAAGUGCAAAGGCAAAGCCAACCUGAACUCGGGCUCUGACGCUCACCCGCAUAAACUGUCCGGGGCUCAAGUUGUGCGCUCGCAGUUCUACCAAUGUUUAUAAACAUGUCUGCAUAUGUGUGUGUGUGUGUGUUUGUGUGUGUAUAAAACAAAUGAAAGUGAAUGAACGAAAAAACAAAUUGAUUAAUGUUCAUAGAGGUACUGCACAAUAUUUUGUAUCCUUUUAAUCCCUUCUCCUCUUUUUAACAAAGUAUAUAUAAAGUAUAUAUAUAAAAUUUAAAUUGUAUAUAUCUAUAUGUGUAUAGGCUCAUAAAAGGACUAACUGGAAUUAAAUGUAUCAGAUUUAAAUUGUAAUCUCGAUUCUAUGGAUCAAAUCCCUCUUGUAUUUUGUUCACCAAGACGUGUUUGCUGUCAGACGUUUGCUUUUUCUCAAUGUUUUGCAACAGUUCUAAUGGAGCUAACAAAGUAUGUGAAGUCGAAAUCGACACAAUGAGUGCAAGCGGCUUCAGAGACAUUAUAUUUUCUGUAGAUGGGCAAUAGAAAUAAUCCUCCAGUCCUGUAGGAAAGGAAUAUAAAGACACUCCAGGAAGCUCACUCGUUUUUUCCUACAUAAAAUAAAUCUGAUUUUAAAAUACACCCCUUUUAUAAGAAAGUGUCAGAGAUUUUCAUGAUGGAUUUUUUAGGGACGUUGCUGGAAUGAUUAGUUCCCAGCACGGGAACAUCAGGCAUAGGUUUAUGCAUAUUAUGGCUAUGUGACCUGUCAGAGAUGGACUGCAACAACAAGCACUUAUAAUGAGAGACAGUGAGGUGUGUGUAGUACACAAUAUUUUGUGUGAUGAGCAUGUAUAGAGAAACCACGUGUCCCGUGUCACUGACUGAACCGGUGGGGAAAGCUACUUAAGAAAAACGCUGGUUGUUCAAUAUGGGAUCCGAUGAAAAAUUCCAGAGUUGAGAUCCAUUCUGAGGAUUAAAUCAUGUCCCACUGUGUCAUCACACAUCAGGGCAUCUGUAGAUGACUUCCAUGCAUGGGUGUCAGAACCAUUAUAUGUGGGUGAGACAGGACCCACCCACUUUUUAAGACCAAUACUAUUGGACCCACCCACUUUUACCGUCUCUAUUCAGCGCAAAUGUCUUUUUUUAAUUACUUUUCAGAGCGCCGCCAGUCGAAUUCAUUCUGCUUGAGGAAUGCCCUAAUAAAUUUAACUCUAUUCCGCGUUUUACCUACAACAUUGACCACGCUCCUGCUUCCUGAAAUCUAUGGGCAUAUUAUAUGUGGGUGGGACAGGACAUGCCCACUUUUUAUUUUCUUCCGACGCCCAUGCUUCCAUGACUUGUUGGCUACAUUUUCCAUGAUGCUCCAGUGCAACAAGAAAAACAGAAAGAAACAAACAUCCCACAAACACAUCUUGGUGGAUGGCCUACAUUUGUGGUAAAAGUGAAAUGGUUUACAUUUGUUUGUUUUUUUUGUUAGAAGACUGAAAGGAUUUUGUGGUGUUUUCUCCUGAAUAUGAAGUAACAUUAAGUCACUCUUCAAUGCUAUCUUAAUACCAAAUUUCUUAUUAGAAGACAUGUUUUCAGCCCUCCAGCCUGGGCAAACCUUGUUCUAAUAGAGUGUUUAUGGUAGAAGUGCUAAUCCAGCAAUACCGUUGUUAGCAUCGAUCUCUGUUUGAAAGUAAAGCAAAAUGUUGUGUUGUGAUGAGGGUAAAGGAUUAUACAAGGAAACAAUACAGCACUAAAUGAUGGCAACACUAACCUACGUUCAUGCUAGCAAGCAGCAAGUUACCAGCUCUCCUAGCUUGUCACCAGUGGGCGUGGCUUGUCUGGCAUUCUUUUUUUCCACAGUUCUGAUGAGAAAUGUUUUUAGCUAUACAUUCUUAGCUUCUACACAUUACAAGUUAUAUAACAUGCUAAUCAGCAUGAAAGCUAGUAGCAUCACUUUAGCUUUGUACUCAUGUCCUUAACAGAUUAGAUUAGCACAGCAAGCUAAGUCUACAAGCACUCAUUCAGGUCACCAACAACUUCUGCUAUGUCAAUUUUUGCUUUUUAGCUUCUCUGUAAACAUUAACCAUGAGGUCAUACAACACCACAGAAGAAACGUAAAGAAACGUGACACCACACGUGCCACAGGAUUGACCCGAGGACUCUGAGAAGAGCGUUUCUAAUUUGCAUAGAUGAUUUUACUGGUCACUUCUGUGUAUUCACGUACGAUCGCUGCCGCUUGCUAGCGUGAAUGUAGGCUGAUGGAACAAGCUAGAUUUUUAUAGUGAAAAAAGUCCUAAAAUAUACGGUUUUCUGGACUUUUUCUUUGUCUAUUAUUCAGAAGGUGAAUGUGUAGUGGGACGUAUUUUUUAUUUUUUUUUUCCAGUGCAAUGAAGCAGCCAGGUGUCACAAAAUGACGACACAAGAAUGAAGUAAAUUUAUAUUUAUAUAUAUAUAUAUAUAUAUAUAUAUAUAUAUAUAUAUAUAUAUAUAUAUAUAUGUGUGUGUGUAUAGAAGUAUAAAAGAGACAGAGCCUUUAUACUUGUACUACAGGAAGUGCUCAGUCUCAUCUGUCUGUAAUGAAGUGCCUCGACAGCUAAUCUCUGGAACAGGAACUUUUUUGUUGUUGUCGUUGUUGCUCAUGUGUAACGUUGCAAAUUUUUAUCCUAGUCUCCAAACGUGAUCAAUGUUUUUGUAUGGAACAAUGUGACAGCAAACCAGUGCUUCCAGUCUUAACUCGUCUUUCAGUCUGUUGCUGGUCCGUUUUUUUUUUUUGUUUUUUUUUUUUUUUACAUGCACAUGUGAAGUCGAUACAUUGAAGUGGAAACAUCUGCCUCCGAGCCAGGACACACUAAGGAGGUGUGUGCGCAUGUUAUAAACUGAUGCAUGUGUGAUGACCAAAAUGCUAACGAAAAAAAGAGAAGGUUAAAAACACUGGAAAUAAAUUGUCUUUGUUUUUUGAGA